UAUUACACGCAUGCAGGUCUGACUUGUACGUAUGCUUAUCGUUUUUUAUAAAAGAAGAAUUGCUAUGCUACAGAAAUACUUGUGAUGUCACACUAGUCACCAUUUGUCCCAAGAGAAUUAAAAAAAAAUGAUUCUUUUUGCAAUGAUUGUACGAGCUCAUGAUGGUCUGGCGUUGACAGCAUCAACAGACCUUGGAGGACAGUUACACAGAGAAGUUCAGGAAGCAAGACGACACAUGAAAACCUUAGCACGCCAGGUGGGGAAACUGGAUGACAGAUGUUCUUUAAAGUUGAAUCCACAUGUCGUCCACUUCAUUACUUCCUUGGGUGUUUCAUUUAUGGCACUUUGUGAUCCAUCAUACCCACCAGUCCUAGCAUUCAGUUUUUUAGAUGAGAUACAGAAAGAGUUCAUCACAAUUUAUGACACUCGUCAAAUCAGCAACUGUGUCCGUCCAUAUACUUUUAUAGAAUUUGAUAGCUAUAUUCAAAAAACAAGACAGCGUUACAACAACCCAAGAUCUUUAACAACGAGAUUAAACCUUUCAAAUUUAAGUACAGAAAUUCAACUUCGACCACCUCAGCAGAUUGAGUUGUGUGACAUCACUCCAAAUCAUCACAAGGUUACACCACUUGCUCCAUCUAGUGUAGGUGGUGUACCUCCACUUCCAAGUCUACCAUCAUAUGGGAUUAUAUCAAUUGUUUUGUCUGUAGUAUGUGUCUUGUUUAACCUUUACCGUGGCCUGAUGGCAUUAAGUGAAUCAAGCAUUGAGGAAAUAGAUGGAACAAAUCCAAGUUAUGGUUUUGCUUUUCUGGUAGAAGCAUGCAUAGGUGCUAGCCAGGUGUACUUGCUUCUCUGGAACAGAAAGAAAAGACGGGAACUAGCUGGCAUUCUGUUUUUAUUAGUUAUCUUGUGUAAUGUGUAUGUUAAGGAGGUGAGGGAUGUGUGGCAAAUACUUUUUCUUGUUAGUGUUGCUUCAGUUAUUACUUUUGUUACAUCUGUACAUCAGCCUCAAGCCAAAUUACCAAACUACAAUGUGUGAAAAAAGAUCUGCUGUUCAGUUCAAGAACUGAUCUUAAGUUUGUAUAAUUACUGGUAUACAUUUUUAGUGUAAUUUAUAUUCUGUAUUUUUAUAAAAUUAUCAGUGUUAAAAAAUAGAAAACUGUGUUUAGAAGCUUGCCUUGACAGUUUUUGAAAUUUAUAAAAAUGGCUUCACAAAUACAUACAGAAGUUCUCAAUGAUUAAAACAGAAGACUUUCAAACAGCAAUAGUAAGUGACGUAUGAUUUACAAGAAUUACUUGUUUCAGUAUAGUGAGUUUCUGAAUUGAUAGGUAAAAUUGAUUAGAGAUCCUUUAUCUCUAUUGUAUUUGUUUCUAUAAUCCUGCCAUGCAUUGUAAUCAAAUUUCUCAUUUUUCUUAUUCAUAGUGAAAACAUUGAAGCUUUUGGUCUAAUAAUAAAUAAAAUGUUUAUCCUGUACAUUCUUUUUAGUUGAAUUGAAAUGUUUCUAUUUAGAUAUGUUUAAAUAUAGCAUUUCAAGUCUAUCAAAACUUAUCUGUAGUCAAGUGUGAUUUUAUUGCUUUUGUUAAGCCUUAAACAUUUCAUUACUUUGCCAACUUUUAAUAAAUAUUUUAGACCAUCCCAUCAUAGCUUUGAUAUUUAACAAAGCUAUUAUUAGUAUUCUUAAUAUUUUGAAGUUGUGAGCUGACAGAAUAUUACUAAUUUGUUGCUUGCUUUCUGUUUCUCACAAUAAUAUCCUACAAAUACAUAAAAGUAAAAUAAAUGAUUCAUAAUAUUUGUAAUAGAAGCAUUUAGAUAUAAGUAUGACAUUAAAAAAAGAUACUGGAUUGUGUGUGUGUGUGUGUGUGUGUGUAUAUAUAUUUAUGUACUUUACUAUAAAAUUUUUUUUUUCAUCUUUUAAGAAGGAGCUAAUGAAAAGAAGAAUGAUGAUUUGAAUGCUUAUUUUACUUUUGUUUUUGCAUUUUUUGUACAUUAAUAACAUAACUUCUGAUCUUGUAAUUAAAUGAAAAAUGCAUUUGUCAUACCAUUUUGAUAGAUGAGUUGGUUUGUUUAGAGAAUGUACCUGGUAAUCUGAAAACAUCAUUUUAAAAUAUUACAUAUACAAAGAACAAUUGUAAGAAAGAACAUACAGUAAAAAUACUGGAUUUGUUUCGAAAUCAUUGCAGCCAAGCUUCUUCACAAUAACAUGGACUUAAUCUAUAGUUUAUAUUGUGAUUUGUUGGUUGGAGUAGUAAGUGACAUAUGAUUUACAAGAAUUUCUUGUUUCAUACAUUAUUGUAAAUAGAAUCUUAACAUUUUUAUAUAUGUACUCAAAAAGAAAUUAUCUGGAAUUGGUUUGAUAAUUGUGUGUAUGUAUAUGUGUGGGAGAUUCUAUAUCAUUUAUUUUAGAGUUGGAAGGAUCUAUCUUACACAGAUUAACAUAACCGUUGGUUUUCAUGUGCAUAAAAUAAUGAAUUGGCAAACAUAAUGCUUUCUUUUUGCAUAUGUCUAAAUAUAUCUAUCAACUCUAAGAAUUUUUUCCCCAGAAAAAAUAACAUAAUUUUAAUAUAUCAGUACAUAAUAAGUGAUAUAUUUAUGAUGUAUUAAGAUUCAGAAUUAUGUGAACCACACUCCAAACUUUUGAGAUGUUGCACCAUUAUAUGAAUAUAAACUUUUUGUGUGAAAUAUAUUGAAUUCCUAUUUUCAGUAUUAAUUUUUACCUUCCUCCGUUAUAUAUCAAGCUUGUGUAGAUGAUAUUUUUUUGUUGUAAGUAGCUUAUUGGAUUAUUGUAUAGCAAAUCCUACUUCCAAAUGUAAGCUAUAUCUAAAAAGUUGUAGUGGAUUACAAGUAAUAGUGUGAUAGUACAUGAUUCCUUGUACUUUUGCAUAAAUAUAUAAAAGGUCAUUCAAAUCUGCUAGUAAAAUCCCCUGGUUUUUAAAAAUUUUCGAGAUCAUGUGUGAGAAACAACUUUAUAACUCCUCCCAAAAAAAUAUCGUAUACAUUUGACAUGAGGUAUUCUACUAUGUUUAACUGUGCAUCAUUGAUAUUGUCUUAGAACAAAAUUUACACCAUAAUUUGUGUACUGUUGCUCUAUUGCUAAAGUUCUUUAAUUUUCUGAUUAGUCUGGGCUGGUGCUUGUUCUGCCUUGGAAACUUUAACAGCUUUUUGUUUUUCGUUCUGCAGUUAGGGUGUGACAUUUAUUGUUGAGGCAAUUAAGGUAGCUCUCACAUUCCUAAUAUACUGUAUAAAACUAGUCUAUUUGCAAGUUGAGAAUUCCAUCAGGAAAUGACUGGAUAGCAUCAUAAAUAUUUAUCUGAGUUUCCACAUUCUUUUUGUCUAUAGUUGCAUCAUUCUUAGUAGUCAAACUCGUCUCAACAUUUCCAUGAGAAUCAAAACUGUCUUUACGAUUUUCUGAAAGAAUCUCAAAAACAUCUUCAUGACUUUCCAUACAUCAGAAAAGGUGUCAUCUUUUGUUAGAAAUCCUGCAAAAAUGGUAUCCAGGUGGUCCUUCUAUUUUCACCCUUCACAUCUAGGACUGCAGUGCACAUCAGUGAAAACUGUAGUUACAUGAUAUCCUACUGUUGAUCGUUUUACUUUCAUGCUGCAGAAUUAUAUGGGUAGAAAAAUAUUUUCUGUACUUGUGCCUGAUUACUUGUCAUCAGUAGUGGUGGUAAGUAAAGUUAAGUGAUUAUUGAAAUUUCAUAAUUAAUUAAUUUUUGGGCUCAUUAAUCAAUAGAAUUUAACUAAUUGAUUAUUCUCAUAUAAGAUUUGGGUAAUUGGAAUAAUCAGAAACACUAAUUUUGUUUAGUAGAUUAUUUUUUUUUGAGUCUUGACACUAGUUAAUUAAGCUGAACAGUCUUAAAUUAAUUGCAAAUAAUAAUGACAAACAUAUGACAGUAUUCUAUUUACUUUGAUAGCUAGAAUAAUCAAAAACAGUAAUAAUUAUAAACAUUAAUUUUGAUUAAGUAAUUAAUUUUAGUGACACUAACCAAUGUUUGUUGGUAAUAGAUUCAUCAAGCUAAUUGCCCAGCUCUAAUGAUAAGGGAGAUAUGUACUGAAUUAUAAGGUACUAUAACUGGGCUUUUCUCUCAAACAUCAGUAGUGUUCAACAGAAACUACCUACACUCUGUGCAAAAUUAGUUUCUAAUGACAUGUUGCACUAUUUUUCAGUACAGACUUUGUACCCACUCCAAUGUCCACAGUCUUGUAAGAUGUUGGGUCCUUGAGUGCAAGGUUUAGUCCCAUAAGUUUAGGAAUAAUUUCUUCAGUCUCCAAGACACUUCUCUUGACAAAGUGUAACAUCAUAAACCUAACAAAGUUGGCAGGUCAUCAAUGGAGCAAUAGUAUCAUUGAUUAUGGUGAUUGAACUUCUCCCAAAAUAAUUCAAACAUUGCUAUAAUGAAAGAGAAAAAUAGUGUCUUUGGUGGUGGUGUUGAAUCUGUAAGUACUUCAAUAGUUUUUUUUUAUGACAGUGCCAGGGAAAUUAGUCAUCUUGACAAUUUUUUAUUGAUACCUUGAAGAAAACUUCCAGAACCCUGUCUGCUACUGAUUAUUUUUUCAUACCAUCUUACUACACUAAACUUUCUUUCCAGAAGAGAGGUAACCCUGAUACAAUAAACUUUUCCAACUGGUUAAAAAAAACUAUCCUAUCUGAAGAUCUGCUGACCAUCUUGAUGUUAAUGAUUAAUUUAGGAUGAUUUGAAUAAUGAUUGGUCAGAUUUAAAACCAAUGGAAUGGUAUGGAGAGUUGGUUUCAUAGUUUAUUUUUAAGAAACACUCGUAACAGAACUCUGAAAGGACAUUUUAGUGUACGUGGGUUUACCUUGAUCAAGCAAAUGCAGGUGCUGUGAAACAAAGUUCCAGAUGUACGUAAUCCUGUUUUAAAGCACAUACACUAGUGGUUUUAUUAUACUUUUCAGUAAUUAUUGGUGUUUGCUAUUUGUAUAGUAGCACCUAUAAAUAGUGAAUAUUCUUAUCUUCAGUAUUUUAUUAAGAACCCUAAUUUCUUCUUUCAUUAUUACCAUCCUUAUAGUUUCAGUAUCUUGCCAAAACUACCAUUUAAUCUCAGUUCAGAUGAUCCAGAGUAAAAGAUAAAAUAAGAAAAACAUAUGAAAGUUGAUCAUAAAAAUAAUGCAUGCUUUGAAGUUGAGUUGACAAAAGAUUUCUUCCAACAAAGCUUGAAUUUUUACUAAUAGCUGUAAAGUAUUCUACUACACUUCUUUGUCAUAAACUAAAAAAUAAAUAAAAUUGAAAACAUUUUGGACUGAUUCUUUGAACUAAAAUUAAGUCUAUAUCCUAUCAUGGUUAUUGGUCUAUUAAAGUUUUUUUAGUUAUAAUUAAAUUUUUUGAGAAAACUCAUUCACUGAUACUCGGGUGAAACUUUAUACUCAAGCAUUAAAACAAAUGUUUAUUUUGUUUAAUAUACUAUGAUGCUAAAAUAGUUUUUGUUAUGAAUGAUGCAUAUACAAGUCCCCAAAUUAAAAUCAGUUUUUUACUUUUAUGAAUGUGUGAAAAGAGUGUUAUAUGUUUCUAAUACUAAUUAAAUAAACUUGGACAUUUUUGUGCUGUUAGACAAGUGACAUUGAAAAAUAAAAGAUGGGAUGAUACAGAAGUGAAAGAGAACAUAAGCCAUUUAUUUAUUUAGCACAAGGGAAUAGUUCUUUCUUUAUAUUUGCUCCUUACUUGUGAUUUACCGCUGUAAGUUCUACUAAGCAAGAUUGUUACCCAGGCAUCUUUAACUGUAUGUAAAAUGUAAGAAAUUUAUUUUUAAGUGUACUAUUUUUACCUCCAUUACUAUAGUACAUGUGUAUUUAUAUUUGAAAUAAAAUGAAACAUUCAAUCUAGAACACUUAUGAGUGCUUAAGAGCCCCUUUUUCCAGGAUUUUAAACAUUCUGUGAUAAAUGUUUUUAUUGUUCAUUAUUUUUAGUGUGGUACAUUUCAAAUACUUAAUACUAAAUGUAAAAACAUGUAAAAAAAGAAGGAUUGAUAGUAACAAAUUACAAUGUUAUUUUAUGUCAAGUUCUGCCUACUGUUCAACUAUUUUGAUUCUUGUUCUUGCACUUUGAGUGGGUGUACUUUGAUUAAAAUUGAUUUAAACUUGCUCAAUUUGUUCUAGAAUGUUAUAUCUUGCAAUUAUCAAUACAAAAGAUUAGUCUGCUUUAAGUGUAAUCUGUUUUGUUUUUUUUUGUCUUACUCAGUCCCUGCUCAACCUAUUCAUUGUUGUUAGCUUGUAGUUCUGUUAUUGGUGGUCUUCAUCUCUUAUGUUAACAUUUUCUAAUACAAAUUAGCAUUGGAAGAAAAGUUACUUUUUAAAAUUGAAAAUACUGUUGAGAACACCAAAACUAUUAAUAAAAUAGAAAAAAAUUUUAUAAAUUGAUUUUAACCAUAACAAGUAAGAUCACCAACCAGUACCAUUGGUAGGGUGUUUCAGUCAAGUAUUUCUCCUGUAUUUAAGUGAAAAUGAUAUCAACAUCAUGUCUAGUAUUCAUGUGGUGAAAUGUAAGAUCUUAAUUUGCGAUUUUCAGUUUUAAAAAAUGUGAAAUGUCUCCAUUAGCCAUAGAUUUUAACUUUGAAUUGAACAGUUUAUAAAUAUAUGUUAUUUAAAUUUUGUUUGUUUUAAUACUAAGCUUCUUUCACACCAUGUAAAACUGCUGGCCCAUAAAAUUUUGUAGAUCUACUAAGCUGGAUAAGAAAUGGCAGUAAGUGUAAAAAUUUGGGAAAAUGGAUAAAAAUCAUACAUUUUGGUACCUGUCAGAUACAUUA